AUGGCAACCCUUACCGUCGCCUCGAGGGCAAAUCCUGCUCUCACUCUCCCUGCUGUUUUGGCUGCAGCAUACGCGAGGGGCCACGGGAUUCCACUGGACGUGACUUACGAGAAUGUAGACUUAUUAACUAGUGGCCCCGUGGAGCUCGUUACUCUUAAUGGACGCCCCCUCGCUGGAGAUGAUAUUCUCGACUACUUCCAUGAUAUUCUGCCUGGUUGUCAAACGAACCAGCGCGAGCAUUCAUCUGAUCGCUUGACACAGAUCAUCGGGUACUCUAUCACCCUGGCAGACGUCGCUAUUUGGGGUGCACUCCGUGGAAACAGGGUAAUUGUGGGACUUCGGCGAAAGAGUCCCAACGUAAAUCGGUGGUUUAACUUUGUCGAGAGUCGCAGCCCAUGGGUAAUUAAGGCGGUAGACGAGUUCAACAGCCAGACGCAAGUGAAGAAGGCAUCAGGCGCGAACUACAAUAUCGGGUUAAAGAAUGUCGAAAAUGGCAUUGUGUGUCGGUUUCCUCCAGAGCCUUCUGGAUACCUACACAUUGGACACGCCAAAGCAGCGCUCUUGAAUGAUUACUUUGCUCAUCAGCACGGAAAUGCCAGAGGUCUCCUAAUCUGCCGCUUCGAUGACACGAACCCCUCCAAGGAAAGCCAGGAAUUCAUGGACGCAAUCAUCCAUGACCUCUCUCUUCUUGGUAUCUCGCCAGAUCGCGUUACGUACUCCAGCGACUAUUUUCGACAGAUGUACGAGGCGUGUAGGGAGAUGAUCCAGUCGAGGAAGGCCUACGCAGACAACACCACCAAAGAAGUCAUGCAGGACCAAAGAAUGAAAGGCAUUCCCAGCACGUGUCGCAACAUGAGUAUAGAAGAAAGCCUUUUCCGCUUCGAGGAAAUGAAAUCUGGUUCUCCACAAGGCCUCAAAUGGUGUAUCCGGGCGAAGAUAUCUACCGACAAUCCAAACAAAGCUCUCCGAGACCCGGUUAUCUACCGUUACUCAAUCGAGCAAGUAACACACGCCCUACGAACAAAUGAAUAUCGCGACCGAAAUGCACAGUAUCGUUGGAUGCAGGAGGCACUCGGUCUCCGGAAAGUCGAUAUCUGGGACUUUUCCAGGCUGAGUUUCGUCCGGACAGUCCUAUCCAAGCGGAAACUUACUGCAAUUGUUGACAGCGGUGUUGUCUGGGGCUGGGAUGAUCCGCGAAUGCCAACUGUUCGUGGCAUUCGCAGGAGGGGCUGUACCAUUGCGGCUCUUCGGGAGUUCAUAUUGGAGCAGGGCCCGAGUCAGAAUAUUGUCAAUAUGGAUUGGACGAGAUUCUGGGCUAUGAACAAGAAGCAUAUUGAUCCUGUUGCCGCGCGCUACACUGCGAUACCUAAGGUGGAGGCUGUAACUGCUCUCGUUGACGGGAUUGAGAUGUCGAUGUCUGCUGAAAAGCUAAGACAUAAGAACCGUUCUUUAGGGACAAAAACUGUCGUUUUUAACAAAGAGAUCCUGAUCGGCCAAGCCGAUGCCCGUCUAUUCGAGGAGAACGAGAGGAUCACCUUGAUGAACUGGGGCAACGCUGUUAUCGACAAGAUCGGUACAAGCUCACAGACCGGGAAAAUAUCUUCUUUACGACUGAGACUAGACCUGACAUCGGAUGUCAAAACGACCGACAAGAAAAUUACAUGGUUAGCCAAAGAAGCAGGAAACUUGAUCCCGGCUAAGUUGUACACCUUCAACCAUUUGCUUAUGAAAGAUAAGCUUGAGAAAGAUGACGACCUGACGUCUUGCCUAACAAUUCCAAGCGAACGCUGCACAGAGGCUUGGGCGGAUUGUAAUGUCUCACGGCUUGCUGAGGAUGACAUUAUUCAGUUCGAUCGGAUAGGGUAUUUUAGGGUAGAUAGGGCGUAUCGUGGUGGUGAUGCGGUGGUUUUAUUUAAUAUUCCUACGGGGAAGGGAACUUAG